ACCCCCCCCUGGCAGAGGAGCAUCGCAUGUGCUGCUUGGUCUCGCUCGCGGUCAGCAGCAGCCUGUGAGAGCAGAGCAGUCCGUGCAACCUCCAGUCAACAACAAACCCCCACCCUCUCUCUCUCUCUCUAUUUCCCCCCUGGACCUGAGCAUGACUCCUCAGACAUUUCACUGCGACUGAACGGAAACCCACGGCCGCCGGUGACAUGGCUUCGUAUCUGCAGAUCGCUGACGAUGAGAAAGGCCACGAUCUGGACCUUUUCUGCGUCCCCAGACAUUAUGAGAACGAUUUGGACAAGGUGAUCAUCCCUCAUGGACUCAUCAUGGACAGGACAGAGCGUCUGGCCCGAGACAUAAUCCGGGACAUGGGGGGACACCACAUUGUAGCUCUGUGUGUGCUAAAAGGGGGCUACAAGUUCUUCGCAGACCUUCUGGACUACAUCAAAGCACUGAAUCAGAACAGUGAUAAAUCAGUCCCGCUGACAGUGGAUUUCAUUAGGGUGAAGAGCUACUGUAAUGACAAGUCAACAAACAGUGUCAAAGUCAUAGGAGGUGAUGAACUGUCCAGUCUCUCAGGCAAGAAUGUUUUGAUCGUAGAGGAUAUUGUGGAGACAGGAAGGACGAUGCAGACGCUACUUUCUCUGCUGAGUGAAUGUAAUCCCAAGAUGGUUAAGGUUGUAAGCCUUCUGGUGAAGAGGACCCCAAGGAGUUCAGGGUACAGACCAGACUACAUUGGCUUUGAGGUACCAGAUGCCUUUCUGGUGGGCUACGCUUUGGACUACAAUGAGUACUUCAGAGAUCUCAGUCACAUCUGCAUACUGAAUGACCAAGCCAAGGAGAAGUACAAAGUGUGAGCAGAUGAAGUGCUGCAGAGGCGACGACUGAAUCAAUGAAGACUAGGACCACUGUGAUGACCCCCCCCCCCCCCCCCAGCUUUGCUGUGUUUGAAUCUUAUUUAUUUUUCUACACAAGAAUCCACAAACUGUGACUUGUGGGUUUGUAAAUAACUUAAAGAAGAACAUUUCUUUUGCCCUAUUGAAUGAGUGGGAUCAGUUAUGUAUAUUAAGAAUAUUUUGGUUGUUAAAUUUUAAUUUAUUUAUUCACUUCUGUGUAUAGACUCUGCCUGUAAGUUGCAGUUUUAUCUUGGAGAUAGAAAAAAGUCAUUCAUUUGCUCUGGCUCAUUAAAUCCCAGGUCUCAGGCUACUGCUUUGUGUUCAGUGAGCUGUUAGAUGUUAGCAGCUUUCAGUUUGUACAUGUUUUUGUUUCUACUGCUGAUAUAUCCUCUCAUUAUGCCAUAAAAUGACUGACUUGGAAUGUACUGUACGUUUUAUUUCAUAUCUGAUGUUUUCAUGGAAGACCUGUUUACAGCAAUACAAAUCCCGUUGAAACCAUGAA